GGAAAAAUAUCGUAAAGUGAUCGGGAUGCUGAGAGGUCUGAGUUAGUUGGUCUUUCAGUAGUCACACUUUAUGGUGUAAGAAGUUUCCGGUGUAUUUUUGAAGGUUGUUUAAAUGUUAAUUCAUAAGUAAACAUGUUUCCAAUACUUCGUAAUACAAGUAGAACAAGAAUAUCAUCCAUUUGUAAUUUUCACGCCGCAAGUGUACAAUGUGUAAAAGAAAAAACAUUUUCUCAAAAAUUAGAAGAUGGUCCCAAUUUGGGGGACUUCAUCGAUGAAACGUAUAAAGAUUACAAUGGAAAAUUAAAGUUAGAAAAAGGAGACAGUUCUCGCUUAAGGCUACCACCUUGGCUCAAAACAGAGAUACCAAUGGGUUCUAGUUAUAAUAGAAUAAAGGCACAAUUAAGACAAUUAAAGUUAAGUACAGUGUGCGAAGAGGCACGAUGUCCUAACAUCGGAGAAUGUUGGGGAGGCGACACUCAUGGUACAGCAACUGCUACUAUCAUGUUAAUGGGCGAUACUUGUACUCGUGGUUGUCGUUUCUGUUCUGUAAAAACAUCUCGCGCACCAUUACCAUUAGAUCCAGAAGAACCAGUAAAUACAGCAACUGCGAUAGCAGAAUGGGGUUUGGAUUAUGUUGUACUUACAUCUGUUGACAGAGAUGAUUUAAAUGAUGGUGGAGCAAGUCAUAUUGCAGAAACAGUAAGAGAACUUAAAAAGAGGAGCAACAUUUUAGUGGAAUGUUUGGUACCAGAUUUUAGAGGAAAUGACAAUUGUAUUGCAACAAUUGUUGACUCUAAUCUUGAUGUUUUUGCUCAUAACAUCGAAACCAUUGAACGUUUAACACCAUUCGUUAGAGAUAGACGAGCUCAGUACAGACAGUCACUGCACGUGUUAAAAACUGCGAAGAAGCUAAAUCCAGAAUUAAUUACAAAAUCGUCAAUAAUGUUGGGAUUAGGUGAAACUGAUGAAGAAAUUGAACAAACUAUGAAAGACUUAAGAGAUAUUGGUGUAGGUGCUGUAACACUUGGCCAAUACAUGCAACCCACAAAAAGACAUUUAAAAGUUAUUGAGUAUGUCACACCAAAGAAGUUUAAAAAAUGGGAAAACGUAGGAAAUGAGAUGGGAUUCUUAUACACUGCAAGUGGUCCAUUAGUACGAUCAUCUUAUAAAGCUGGAGAAUUUUUCUUAACGAACAUUUUAAAGAAACAAAGAGAGAAAAAAUUUGAAAAACAAUGAUGUUGUGAUGCAACUACAGUUUUUAAGUAUAGAUUUGUAUUUGUGAAUACUGUAAUAUAAAUUGUAAAUUUUGUUAGAAUGUAAAAAGUGUGUACUAGCAAUUGCACAACAUAGAAAACUAGAUGUUUUAUGUAUGGAGAAUUGUUUAAGAAAAUUUUCAUGACCCAGUAAUAACUUCUAUUGUAUUAAAAAUGAUAUGAAUAGUAAAGAUACAAAUUUUAAACACAAAA